AUGGUGUGGCUUGGCUACUUUCCAGAACAUGGCAAAAAUCUUGCCAUGACUUUCAUCUGGAAAGGCAAGGGCGACUUGAGCCAAGGAGACAGCUAUCGUCCUAUUGGCAUGUCCUCCCGUCUUACAAAAUAUUUGGAAAUGCUGAUGGUUGCCCUCAUCAGCCGAUUUGAGAAGGCCCUCCCUCCUAAUUGUGACGUGGCACGUCGGUUGGCCUUCUCUUAUGGGUAUGCUGAAGGGAAGGAUACGAGCAUGGCUGUCCAAAAGGCAUCUGAAAUUAUGAAGCAGAUGGAUGAUGAGGGUAAGACUGUUAUUGCCUUGAGUCUGGAUAUGCGUGGGGCCUUCAAUAACGCCCGUCAUGAUGUUAUCUGUACUACAGUAGAAGAUAUGUGCGGAUCUCCGGUUUCCUACAACUUGGUUUCCAGUUAUCUACAGCGACGAAGAUGCUUUUACAAGGGUAAGAUGAGGCUCUCCAUGUCCUUUAAAAGGACUCUUUUUGUGGAACCCCACAAGGAGGGGCUCCUGGACAGUCUGGCUCAACAUCUUCCUGCCCUUGGUCUUAACAUUAGUGAGGAGAAGAGUGUUCUCUUGGGAACCACAUUACGGGGGUCCUGGCCUAUGGCUUGGCGUGCUGGGAUGACUGCUUGCGAAUCAAGAUUCUUGAUUCAAGAAUACUCCCGAACACCGGCCACCGAUGAUAAUGAUGGUGAUACCACUCGAAUCGGAGCAGGCUAUUAUUCGGACUCUGAUAUAAUAGGGUAUGGUCGGGUGAGGUUACCACACUCUGCCAAAAUUGCGCAGGCUGAAGCCUUAGCAAUAUUGGAGGCUAUGAAGAAGGCAAUCGAGACUGGUGGUUACUCCGCCAUACUGAUUGCGUCGGACUCACAGGCUGUCUUGAAAUCCCUCCUUUCGAGGAGGAGGUUUAUUUGGGUCCGCGGGCACGCGGGUCUGACUGGUAACUCGAUUGCUGACGGUAUGGCCCGUAGUGGCUCCAUUGUUGGCACUCCCAGGACUGUCCCAAUACCUGGAAUGCCGUCUGAGGGUUCUUGGAAUGGUGCCGAGAAGGAUUCUAUCACCCUCCUUCUUCCUAACGCGAGUGAGUCGUAUCAACAGUUUUGGAAGGUUGGUCAGAAGGAUGGGUAUCUAGCUAGUUACCUUUUACUAAUGCCGUAA